AUGUUGAAGAUCCGAAGAAAGCGCGCGCGCAACGACUCGGUCCGCUUCUAUCUCAACGACGCGGUCGACUCGCUGCGCAACGACAUUCGCGUCAUGUGUGCCCGCCGGCCCAUCAACGCCCCGCCGCCGGUCUCGCGGCCGUGGUUCGGCGGAGUUCGGCCCGAGCAAGUGCACGCUGCCCAACCGCCGACUGCGUUUCACUCCGAGGACCGUGCCGCUGUGCGGGUCGAGCGGUUGCCGGCCAUCCGCAAGCCUGCGCUCUCGCCAACGUCGCUCGUCGUCGAGACCGUUCGCAAUCCGAUGCAGAGCUCCACCGCUCGCAAGCCGGCACUCCUUGCAGCACUCGAGCGUGAGCUGGAAUCCUCGCUUCGAGGCGUACCUGACGAUGUGUCAGGUGCACGUGAUGCGUACUCGGCCCAUGCCGCCAUUCUCGACAGGCUCGCAGGCGCGUUCGGCGUCUACGGCUCGCUCCUCGCGCGCAUCCACGGCGCAACCGCCGCGUACGUCAGGACGCUCGAGGCGGGCGCGAGGAGCAGUCCGGACGCGCCAGACCACGAGGUGGCAUGGAUGCGCGAGCGCAUCACCAUUCUCCAAGCUCAAGUCAACGAGAUGCGGCGCGGGCUCGACGAUGCUCACCGAGCCAACGAGCUGCUCCACUCCCAGCUCCACGACGCUGAUAUCCAGUACCAAGAGCUGUACGACAAGUUCCUUCUUCUCACCGCCGAUCACAUGCAUGCCCAGCAGCGCAAGUAGUUGGAGUGCGUGCGAUUUGUAAAGUGGUUUCCCGAC